AUGGGAUUGCUAUUGAAACGGAAAAAGUUGAAGGAGACUCCAGGCCACUCUGUGGAACACCAACACCAACAAAGACAGCAUCACCAUCAGAGACAUCCUUCGUCUAGACGCUCGCAAGACCAUCAAUCUAGGGGAAACCGCCACAGUGAAUUAUCUGACAGAACCGUGCAAACAGAAGACGAAACAUCCAUUAGGUCGGGCCCUUCCAUAAUACGCAUGAGACCGCCGUCAAGCUCAGGAAAUGGCGUCGUGUCACCUAUUCCAAGGCCAUACGGUGAAACACUUUCACAAUCUGACCAAAUUGACCGAGAGCGGCUUGCCUCUCGAUUGGCAAAUCCUGCCCACCCCAUAGAAAACGCGGGUACAACAACAACAGCACCACCACCACCACCGAUAUCAAUAUCAUCACCGUCACCGUCAUCACCACCACCACGGCCAUCAUCUCGAAUGAACGAGCCCUUUGCGAGCCAGGCAGCCGUCGACCAGGACCCAGCCAUUGCCGUUACGUUGAUGAGGGAGAGUACAAACGGGUCCAAUGCAAAUAAACACCUUGCGCCGCCCGAUCGAGCAGCCACGAAAAGCGCCUCUUCGGAAUCAUCCCAAAGCAACCAUAAUGAGCAGGUCUCGCCCGGCGCGGAGCAACCACCGAGGUCCGAGUCGGGCGGAUUUAUCUCAUCCCUAUUUUCAGCAGCAGCAAGCAAGAUGAUUGCUCCACAUCCAGACGAGAGCAAGGAUACCAAGAAAAAAGAACACCUGUUCGUCAAUAAAUUGGACAGUCUUAUAAAAGGAGUCAAGCACGAUGAUCGAUCCUUGGUGGACGAGUCGGAGGCGGGGCACGACACGGACAAUGUUGUCGAAGAGCAAACUAUACCACAGCACCCCAAUGACCCUGCUCGUUCGGAUUCUGCCAAAAAUAUCCACUUUGAGCCAGUAAGAGAAUCGCCGUUGAACACUUUGGGGAGUGGAGAUUUGUCCCUUGCUGAUUUCGACAACAACUACCACCAACAACACCAACAACAACAAAAGCACUCAAUGCUGGCUUCACGUCAACCCUCGAUGCGGUCUAACGACGGCCAUGCUCCGAAUUUGAAACGCAACAUGAGCCCCGAUGCUGUAAAUGACACUUUGCCGCUGGGCAACCAGCUCCAAGUUGUCACCAAUGGCACGGACGUGAAGCGAGUGCGCCGGAAAUCGUUGAAUGGGCUGGCACCAUUGGACAGAAACGGAUCCAUCAGCAAAAACUCGCAAAUAUCGGCCAAUGGAGAUGACAGGAAUAAUAACAAUUUGAGCGAAGUGAGACUGAAGGGCUCAGAUGAGGCUUUGAAUGAACACUCCGAUUCCGAGCCUGAGAACUUGGACCAUAUUGUUGACUAUAACAAGGAAAUCAAGCGUGCUUCUCGCAAAAGCAAUAAGGAGUUUCACCAAGCGUUCAAAAAGAUCCCCAAGAAUGAAAAAUUGAUUGAGGAUUUCAGCUGUGCUUUGUCAAAAGACAUUUUGGUCCAGGGCAAAAUGUACCUCAGCGACCACUAUAUUUGCUUCAACUCCAACAUUUUAGGGUGGGUUACCCAUUUGGUGAUACCGUUGCAGGAAGUGAUUCAGAUUGAGAAGCGAUCCACUGCCGUGCUUUUCCCCAACGGGAUGAUUAUCCGCACUUUGCAUCAGAAAUAUGUCUUUGCUACGUUUUUGAGCCGAGACUCGGCGUUUGACUUGAUUACCAAUGUAUGGCAUCGAGUCUUGCUCCAGAAUUCGGACGUUGACCCUUCGAAAUUGGGGAGAACGUCGCGGUUGAGAGCUGGGUCCAAGGCAUCCUUGGGCUCGCAAGAGAGCGGCGACGUGAGCGAGAGCGCAGAUUCAUCCGAUGACGAGUAUUCGGGAGGGUCGGAUGAAGACGACGAUCGAUCAUCGAUCGCGUCGGAGGACGAGGACAAUUCCAAUGGAGGAGACGACGAAAACAGCAAAGACGAAAACGGAGGCUCUUCCGAUGACGGUGGUGAAAAGUGGAAAGGGUUUAGCAUAUUGGGACCUGCGACUCAUGACGCCACGGAAAGUGGGUACACGAAGGAGUCCGGCGAAACAUCCGUCGCAGAUGAAGUGAUUAAAGCACCUCCCGGAGUUGUGUUUGAGCUUAUGUUCGGCCAAGACACUUCGUAUUUCAUGCGGAUUUUAAAAGACCAAAAAAAUUUCGACAUUGACGAGUCAGCUAUUCACGGAUUGAACAAGGAUAGCAAGAGCCGUCAUUACACCUACACGAAGCCACUUAGUGGGCCCAUUGGUCCCAAGCAAACCAAAUGUGUCAUUGACGAUGCUGUUAUCGAGUUGAAUCCGGAAAAGGUGUUUGAAGUUGAACAAACGACUCAAACUCCCGAUGUGCCCAGCGGUAACGCAUUUAAGGUCAAGACCAAGAUUUUCUUGACUUGGGCCGAAAAGAACCUGACAAAGAUCUCGGUGAUGACUUCGAUUGAAUGGAGUGGCAAGUCGUGGAUCAAGGGCGCGAUCGAAAAGGGCACCAUUGAUGGGCAAAAGGAGAGUAUGAAGGAGAUGAUUGAGACCAUCAAUUCCAUUUUGGCUGAAGGCGCCGGCAAGAAGGGAGGUGCCGGUGGUUCGAGCAAGAGAAGGUCAACAAGAAGCAGACGAAACACUGAGAAGAAGGAAGAGGAGGAUGAAAAUGCGGCAAAACAGAAGCAACAACAAGAAGCAAAAGGCGGCUUGUCACAACAGCUUGUUGAUUUGGUCAACAGCGUGGGAGAUAUGGUGCCAAUUCCAAUGGUGAGCAACACCAUUACCGGCUCCAUUAUUGUUGUAAUUUCAUUCUUGUUGACCAUUUUCGUGUUUAACAAACUUGGCGGUGCAUUGUUUGGCUCCGGCCCACAAAAGGCCCAGUUUGAAAUUGUGCCUUCGAACGUCUACACUUCGCGGAUCAAGAUCAAUAACCACGAUUAUUUGGUGAUACCGACAAUCAACACCAACUUUGCCAACGAGCGGAAAUUGCGCCAGCAAGAAAUCAAUAUUUGGAACUGGUUGGAGAGUAGAAGCGAUGGCGAGUUUGGCAAGCAUUAUAAAUUGAAGGACAAUACCGAUGAGAGUACAGCUGAGAAUGGCGAUGCGGGGUCUCGAAGCGCGGAUUUCUUGGAUCAGGAAUUUGGUCGUCUUUCAGAUGGCGAGUUGAAGGAAAAGAUCAAUCGGCAGGAAUUGCAAGAGUUGUUGCGUGUGCAAAUGUUAGAAUUGCAGAAUUUGCAAAAGAGAUUGAAUGAGUUAGAUUCGUAG